AUGGAGUACUUGAUGAAUGGAAGCAUUACUGAAUCUCUUGAGAACAAGACCAUCCUCGUUACUGGUUCUACUGGUUUUCUAGCAAAAGUUUUUGUGGAGAAGUUACUUAGAGUUCAACCUAAUGUGAGGCAUCUCUUUCUUCUUUUGAGAGCUCCCAAUACGAGCUCCGCUGCUCAACGUUUGCAUACCGAGGUACAAUAUGAACCCGUGAUUAAAGCAUUAAUGCACGGCAAAGACAAGAUGACAUACGCAGAGGUCACUACAACAUUGCGUAGUGAGGAGUUGAGGAAGAUGGAUCGUGAAGACCUUGCAAGUGAAGCUAACAAUGACUUGCUUCUUGCAAGAGGUCGUUCAACAGACAGAAGAAAGAAGGCUGGUGGUUAUGGUAAAGGUAGAGGACGUUCUAAGAGUAUAACAUGA